AUGCCGGUUGCCAAUGGCCCAUCCAGAACGCGUCAGAAUUUCCAGAAGGCUAUAACCACCUACGCUAUAUAUACGAAGCACUGUACAACUGUUCUUGACUUCGUUUUGGGCGUUGAUAGACCUUGUGCACCUUUAUUGACUUGCAAAUGUUUCGUCACCCAUACGAGGAGACCCAGCCAACUGCGCACUGGUGAUGUCUUCUCGUAUGGUGGUGAAACUUUUGCGAGUCAAAUGCCAAGCUCGUUGACUUGCAAAUGUUUCGUCACCCAUACGAGGAGACCCAGCCAACUGCGCACUGGUGAUGUCUUCUCGUAUGGUGGUGAAACUUUUGCGAGUCAAAUGCCAAGCUCGGUGAACAGACCAACAGCCACCUGA